UCUCUCUGUAGCUCCAUCCAUCAUGCUGAGGUCUUCCCGCGCCCUGCAGCGCGCUUCCUUCGCCUCUAGCUAUAAUGCUGCUCGGCGCGUCAUCACCGUUACCCAACCUCGUCGCGUGAUCUCGACAGCUACGACAGUUACACCAACCCCUGCGCAGAAAAAGGGCUUGAGAGCAAAUGGCAAGAGCAACGGAAUUGGAAUCGGAGCCAACAGACGGACAACAUGCUCGAGCAGCAGCAGCAACAGCUCCGGCACACCCCCGGCCCGCGGCAUCGCGACCCGGCACAUCAGCAGCGACGAGCUGCGCCGCGAGCUGCAAGAAGACACGCACUCGCGGGCCUCAGGCACCGCGCUGCCGGCGAGCAUGAUCCGCGACAUCGACGCGGUCGAGAGCAGCGAGGGCCCCAACGUCCGGGACACGGUCGAGCUGGGCGGCAGCGCGUGCCACGGCUCCAACGCGCGCAUCAUCGCCGUCACGCUGCCCGGCCGCGACGCGCCGCUGGAGCUGGACGCCGUCGCCGCGCGCGACAGCUGCGUGUGCCCACUGUGUGUCGACGUCCAUAGCAAGCAGAAGAACUUCCAGUUGACGGAUAUCCCUGCCGAUAUCAGCGCGGAUUGGACCCUGAGCCCUGACGCCCAAGAACUGGAGAUCCGCUGGCGCAAUGAUGUCCCUGGGUUCCCGGCCGAGCAUAAAACGACCUUCUCGUUGAAGCCCGUCGAGAACGCUGUCCCGGACUCGAUCUACCAUCCCCUUGAGCCGGUGGAGCGGCGGAUCUGGGACAGCGCGACCAUCACGGCGCAGAACAAGUGGACCGACUACAACGAGUACAUGACCUCAGACACGGCGCUGGAGUCGACGCUCUCGCACCUCGGGCGGUACGGGCUCGUCUUCCUGCACAACGUGCCGGACUCGGAAGACUCCGUCGAGAACGUGAUCUCGCGGAUCGGGAUCCCCAAACGCACGUUUUACGGGCAGACCUUCGACGUCAAGUCGCGGCCGCAAGCCAAAAACAUCGCGUACACGCACCAGCGCCUCGGGCUGCACAUGGAUCUCAUGUACGUGACGAACCCGCCGCACCUGCAGCUGCUGCACUCGCUGCGGGCGCGCUCGCCCGGCGGCGCCUCCAUCUUCUCGGACUCGCUGCGCGCGGCGCACGCCCUCUUCGCCAGCGACCCGGCUGCCUUCGCCGCGCUGGCCUCCCUCCCCGUCCCCUUCCACUACCGCAACGAUUCCCAGAGCUACUUCAAAUGGCGGCCGACCAUCGAGCUCGCCGCGCCACUCGCAGGCCGCUCACCCAACCCCGCUCCCCUGACCGCGGACCCCACCACCACCACCACCACCACCACCACCACCCCACCCAUUAAGUGCAUAAACUACUCCCCGCAAUUCCAAGCCCCACUCCUGCCCUCCACACUCCUCUCCCUCCCCCCCUCCUCAUCAGCACCAGCGCCAUACUCCCCCGCCCAAACACGCCGGCUGCACGCCGCGCUGCGCAAGUUCACGGCGCUCGUCGAGGCGCCCGAUGCGCUGUUCGAGCUGCGCCUCGAGGAGGGCCAGUGCGUCAUCUUUGAUAACAGGCGCGUGCUGCAUGCGCGUCGCGCGUUCGAUGCUAGUAAGGGUGAGAGGUGGUUAAGGGGCGCGUAUGUGGAUGAUGAUGUGUUUUUUAGCCGGGGGAGGGUGCUGAGGGGGGAGGGCGUGGGGGCGUAGGCUGGGGGGAAAUUGUAUCUGAGGUGGGAGGGGUAGUGCCAAAAGCUGUCUCGCGUGUGCGGGGGAUGCGCCUGUUACUGUGGUGGGACAUGCAGGGCCCGCAGGUGCACUGUGUUCGUGGUGAAGAGUGCUUCAUCAUGCAGGGGUGUUUUGCUCUGUAGCCUACUUGCUGCAGUCUCGAGGGACUUGUCUUCUUGGGAAUGCUGAACGGACACGCAAGAAAGCAAGAAAGCAAGAAAAUCGGAGCCACUGAAACCGUGGCCUGGACGCCGGAAGCGGCAACGCGAUGGUGAUGGUGAGGACGCCAACUCCCCCAAACGUGGAGGCAGGAGAUUUGAUAGGGCUUUGAAAGACUGAGACUGACUGAGGUAAAAGUCUCGUUUUCGGCUGAAGCUUCUCGAAGGGUCUAUACGUUAGUCGAAAGCCAUUUCCCUGUAGUACCGGGUGGAAAACUCUCAU